AUGCGUCGUGCCUCAGUCUGGAUUUUCUUAGCUUCCCUGUGUGCUCCAUCCUUUGCUCUAUAUCGGGGGGAAAAUUAUAGGGAAGAUCUACGCAUACAACCACUCAGAGAUGGGCGAGUAUCGACGACGUUCUCUUUUGUGACUGUUCUAGAGAGUGCAGUUCCACGAAAUCCGAAGGCCUUGGGACAACUAGAUGAAUCCCAGCACUACGCCCUGUUCCCACUGACUCUUGGUCAAAUCCUACGCGAGUACGCGAUCACCGAGCUGCACCUCACUCUCAACGCUGGAAGAUGGAAUUAUGACAACUGGGGGCAUCCUCACGAAGCUGGGGUUGGCACUGGAGCUGAGCUAUGGGCUUGGAUGGGCGCUAGCGAGGUAACGACAGUGGAUGAACGAUGGUCUGGUCUUCGAAACGCACUUUCAGGACUCUUUUGUGCUUCUCUUGGGUCACUAGAUUCCAGACGAACAUUGUCACCGACGGUCGCCUUCCCUUUAUCCGGGUCUACUCCUACUUUUGCCCCACACGAACUUCGGCACGCCUCACUUCCUUCAGAGAACGUUUGCACGGAGAAUUUAACGCCCUUCUUGAAGCUACUUCCGUGCAAGAGCUAUGCAGGGCUUGCUUCACUUCUCAAUCCUCAGAAGGUGUUUGAUGCUGACUGGCAUGGCAUGGGGAUUCACGUGAUAUGGAAGGAAGACACUGGUGUGGAAUUAAAACUGACCUUACAAGCGGUAUUCAAUCCAGUGCGAACCAGCGCAGGGAAGAGACGAGACUGGAAUCUUCAGUUACUGUUUGAUCGCUCCAUCGAACGAUCAUGCCCAGUAGCGAGUUCCAGUUCUAUCACUGUUAUUCUACCGGAACACAAGGACUACCAAAUCAUCCCCGAAUAUCCCGCCCAUGUCGAUGGUUUAGCCAUUUAUGACUUAUCCUCCUCAUCUAAUUUCACGAUUCCGUCCAACAUUGCCAUGUCCUGGCCGAGUGAGCAUAGCUUCCAGUAUCCACUGCCACCAUUAAUACCGGUCACCCCGCUCAGCGUGAAACGAACAAUUCAUGGUACAACGCAAACACGAGGCGUUCUAUCUGUUUCUGUGACCAACAAUUCUCCUCAGGAGAUAUUGGCAGGUUAUCUGGAGAUGAUGCCUGCACUCCUCACGUUGUGGAUGCACACUAUGAAAGUCGAAAUUAACUCACAGAUACGGAGUAUGACCUACGGCCAUAAGAAGAUUGUCUUUGCUAAUUAUAUUGUGUAUUUAGGCGACUUGCUUUCAGGACUAAAAUAUCAUCCACCCUCGCCACAAUCUAAUGACCGCCUCUCUCCCUCGAUGUUGCAAGCUGUCCUCACAAUUCCACCAAAGACCACGCUCAAAAUUUCCAUGGAGGUCAACAAAGCUUUUCUAAAAUACACCGAACAUCCACCCGAUGCGAUGAGAGGCUGGGAUCUACCAGGAGCUGUGUUUUUCCCGCUCCCUCAAUCAUCUCACAAUACUUCUUCGAAUGAUGAUUGGGAGAGGAUUUAUACCCCGACACUCCUUGUCGACCUUCCCACCCCAGAUUUCAGCAUGCCCUAUAACGUCAUUAUCCUCAGCUGUACGCUCGUGACAUUGAUUUUCGGAAGCAUCUUUAAUCUGCUGACGCGCAAGUGGGUCGUGGUGGAGAUUCAAGAAUAGUUGGGGUAAUCAAUGUGGGAUUACAUCCCAUUGUACUAAUUAGUGCUCAUACAACCUACUGUCCUUUUCUGGGUCACUCGAUGUCUCGACCCUCGCACACGCCUUUUCGACGGAAUUGAUCCAUAUAUAUGUUCCGGCGGCAUCUGUCGAAGUGCCUUCAGUUCUCGACUGGCCAUAAUAUGUCCCACCACCAGGAUCUAUUCGAACUUCCGCAGUGAUCCUUGUCAUCCGUCGGAAGGGAGUAUGGUCUGAGCCACGUGGCGGUCUGCCCCCGGUAAUAAUGAUGGUCCAUUCCGAAAAUCACCGGGUUUGAAAUUGACUGAGCAUCCUGCAUAUACGAUAAAGCUACAAGUGAGCAGAGUAGUGCGUUGGCUCACGACGUCUUCAUUCCCAACACUCCCACAAGCAUGAUUGUCACUGGUUUGUCAUUAGAGACCCUUUCAAUAUUAGUGGGUUCGGUGGUUGCACUGCGCGCAUUGCAGCUCUUCU